CACAUAAUUUAUGCAACAUAAUCUUGAUUGAUUGCACGAAUUUGUCGCCUUCUUCUGCUGCCCGUCGUCCGAUUCUUCAAGCCCUCUCUUCACUCCAGUUCUUGAUGCCCUCCUUAUUUAAUCUUUCGACCCGACAUAGUUUGCCCUUUCCAUCGCGUUCAUCCCAACCAUUGUUUCCCCUCUUUCUUGCUCGAGCAUCCGAGCUGCCGCGAUCAAAUCCAUCCUUGGCAGAAGAAGGGCGGUCUCGAUCACCUGAAGCCAGGAGGAACGGCUGGGCUGCCUUUGCGAUGGAAGGAUCGGUUGGGCCUCGAGUUUACAGCUGCAGCAAUUGUGGCAACCAUGUCUGCCUUCACGAUGAUAUCAUAUCAAAAGCAUUUCAUGGGAGACAUGGUCGUGCCUUUCUGUUUUCUCAUGGGAGGAACAUAGUCAUGGGGCCGAAGCAAGAUCGGCUGCUCAUGACAGGAAUCCACACGGUUGCUGAUGUAUAUUGCCACGACUGCGGGGAGGUCUUGGGCUGGAAGUACGAAAGAGCUUACGAGGAGACACAAAGGUACAAGGAAGGGAAAUUUGUCUUUGAGAAAAUAAAGAUCGUCAAGGAGAAUUGGUAGCUACAUCGGUGGGUAAGACAGGCAAAUGGAAAGACAAGAAUGCAAUACGGUGCUCACUAAUCCAUUUCCUAGCAGCCACUCCAGUGGCUUACUCAUGGUUUUGGCUGGAAACGCGUAGAAAUCACAUUUCAUAUUUGGAAAAUUGGUCUAUGAGAAGUAGCCAAGCCAUGCAUGCUUCACCAAGCUCGCAUGUUUUGCUAUUUGAUUAGCCAUGUUCAAUUUGGGUUAUACAAGUUUCAAUUUAGUUUUCUGUUCUGGUUGUAUAUUUCUUGGAACAUUUUGUUUGGCAUGGCUAUAUGAUCAUUCUGUUCUGGCUUU